UAUUUUCCCAAAAGACCCAAGCACAUGGUCAUAGUUGAAGCAAAGUUUGAUGGUGAACAGUUGGCUACUGAUCCUGUAGAGCAUACUGAUCAGCCAGAAUUUGCUACAGAAUUGGCUUGGGAGCUUGAUAGGAAAGCACUUCACCAGCACAGGCUGCAGCGUACACCUAUCAAACUCCAAUGUUUUGCAUUGGAUCCUGUAUCUUCAGCUAAAGAGAAUAUAGGCUAUGUUGUACUUGAUUUAAGAGCAGCACAGGAGAAGAAACAGGCGCCAAAAUGGUAUCCUCUGCUUAGUAACAAGUACACUAAAUUUAAAUCUGAGAUACAAGUAGGUGUUGUGUUGGAGACUGAUUCAAAACCACUGGUUGAUGGUUUCAAAGCAAAGGAGGCACCCCCUAGAGAAGGGAAGGCUUCUGCCCUUCUUUCUAGACUAGACCCUAAAACUCUUGUGCCAGUCUUGAAUGAAGAUGAGGGCUAUCAUCAAAUUGGACCAGCAGAGUACUGUAGAGACUACUUUGUCUUGUCUGUAACCAUUGCAUUUGCCACACAGUUGGAACAGUUAGUUCCUAGUACUAUGAAGCUUCCUGAACGACACCCUGAGUUUUUCUUUUAUUACUCAUUACUGGGAAAUGAUGUCACAAAUGAACCUUUCACUGAUUUAAUUAAUCCAGACUUUGAGCCAGAAAGAGCUUCAGUUCGAAUACGUAGUUCAGCUGAUGUUCUUCACGUUUACCUUUGUGCACAGUCAAAAUUGCAGAUCAGUCUUUGCUGUGGGGACCAGUCUCUUGGAAGCACUGAAAUACCCCUGUCUGGACUACUGAAGAAAGGAAAUGUGGAGAUUGAUCAGCAUCCUGUGGCAAUAGAAGGAGCAUUUGUGCUUGUUCCACCCAACAGAGCUAAGCAGAAAUUUCCACAGUUGUCUUUGGAUAUGGCUCCUACUGUUGGAGUAUCUGUAACUCUGCAAAGGGAGACCUUCAGUACCCAGCCUUUGAUUCCCUUAAAUGCUCCAACCAAGCCUAAACAGCCAAGGGAGAAAGUUCUUUCACCUGUUAGUGGAAAAACAGAGGGCCUGCGGCAGAGAUCCCAGAAUGUCCAGUCUCAAGCUGACCACUCCUUAACAGAAGAUGAAGCAACAGAAAGUGAAGCAGAAAGCCUUAGGUUUGAGAAAGGCACAAAACUGAAGAAGAAGGGGCUGGUGGGCGAAUCUUGCCAAGAGGUUAACAAACAGUAUGCUGAAGAGCUUCCAGUUUUCAAAUCUAGGACCAGAGCAACAUUGCCUCUAGUACCAGAUCUGCAAAAUUCCACUGAUAAUGGCCCAGUAGCUGCACCUCAACCCAACCAAGUGGGUGCAUCCAGUCUUUCUGAACAUGUGUCAGCACAGAAAAUUGUAAUUCCAGCAGCCUCUCACCACUUUUGCUUUUCAAUAGACUUACGAAGUAUACGUGGUCUGGAAGUUGGCUUUCCAAUAAAUUGCAUUUUAAGGUACUCAUAUCCAUUUUUUGGCAGUGCAGCACCUAUUAUGACAAGCCCACCUGUAGAAGUCAGAAAGAACAUGGAAGUCUUUUUUCCACAGUCUUACUGUGCAUUUGACUUUGCAACUAUACCUCAGCAGCUCCAAGAUACUUUCUUCAGAUUACCUCUGCUGGUUGAAUUGUGGCACAAGGAUAAAACAGCUAAAGACUUACUCCUAGGGGUGGCAAGACUUCAGCUUUCAAAUGUUUUGGCUUCAGAAAAAACCCGUUUCUUGGGUGGUAAUGGUGAACAAUGUUGGCGUCAGAUUUGUAAUGAAACUGUCAGUGUCACUGCAGCACAAGGGUCAGGCAACAGGAUAGCGGAGCUUUCGUAUGCUAUCACUUUGGAAGACUACGGGCUCGUGAAAGUGCAAGAAGUUCUGGUGUCAGAUUCUUCUCAAUGUGUAGGUGCUGGUCACGAACGGCAGGGCCCUUGCACCCAGCCUACUUGUGCCUCUGAAAACCAUCCACAACCUCGAGAAACUCUUGAGUACAGAGCAGCACUGGAGUUAGAAAUGUGGAAGGAAAUGCAAGAGGACAUUUUUCAAAAUCAGCUUAAAGAGAAGGAGAUGGCUCAUAUGCAAGCACUUGCAGAAGAGUGGAAGAAAAGAGACAGAGAGAGAGAAGCUUUAGUGAAGAAAAAGGUGGCAGAGUACACUGUUUUGGAAGAACAACUUCAGAAAACCCUGAGAGAUCUAGAUAAGCGAGAACGACAGCUUUUUAGUGCUGAGUCAGAGCUUCAAAUAGUAAAGAAGGAGUUGCAAGCAGAGCAUGAACGAAAUCUGCAGGAGCUACAGGAUUCUUUACGACGAGCCAGAGAGGAAUGUGCACACCAGGUAGAGCUAGAAAGGUCAAAAAUCAAGCAGCUGGAAGAAGACAAGGUUCGCUUACAGCAGCAGCUUUAUGAAGCAGAAAAUAAGCAUAAAAUUUUGGAGAAGGAGUUCCAGCAAUACAAAGAACAGCAAAGUAGCAGACCAGAAAUCCAGCUACAGUCAGAAAUAAAUGUCCUCACUUUUGAAAAGGUUGAACUUGAAAGAAAGUUAGAAACAGCUACCAAGACAAAGCUCCAUUUCAAACAACAAUGGACAAAGGUUUUGAAAGAACUUGCAAAGUUAAAACAGCUUCAACAAGAAAAUGCAUUGGCUUACCUUAAAAAACAGCAACAGGAGCUGGAGCACAUGAGGUUGCGCUACUUGGCAGCAGAAGAAAAAGAACUGGGGAAGAGAGACCGACAAGAGCUGGAAGAUAUCAGAAAUGAACUUAACAGGCUGAAGCAACAAGAAGAAGAGAGAAAGCAAUUGCAAGAUGUUAGAGAUAAUUCUGCUGGUAGAGCGGAUAGUCUUCAUUCUAGAAAAUUAAAUGAGAGCAUGGAUGAUUAUCUCUCUCGUCUGAUAGAAGAGAGGGAUACCCUGCUGAGAACAGGAGUGUAUAAUCAUGAAGAUCAUAUUGUAAGUGAACUUGAUCGUCAAAUCAGAGAAGCUAUUACAAAAAGGAACGUCACUAAAUGA